UGGACGUACUGGGGGGGAGGUAGUUGUUUACAAACAAGGAAAGUGUCAAAACCCAGAGGUAACGUUGAUUAUAAUGGAACCUUGUAGCUAUUUUUUUUAAAUAGUAUGGCGGCUAAUAACAGUCUCCAGCGAAUAUAAGUCUAAUCCACACUCUCCUCGUAUUUUCGGCGUGAGAUAAAGCCGAGCAGGUGCAGUGUCCAAGUUACACAGAGGUGUUGGCUGUAGGCAGUCGGUGGGACACAUGGCAGAGGAAAGCAACAAGCUGACACUGAGGCGCCUGGAGGCACCGAUCCACAAGUUUAUUAAAGUGGCUCUUCCCACGGACCUGGAGAGGCUACAGAAACACCACAAUAACAUACUGAAGUACCAACAGAGCCAACAAUGGGAUCGCCUUCAUCAGGAGCACAUCAACGCCAGCAGAACUGUUCAGCAGCUAAGAGCUAACAUCAGAGAGAUGGAGAAGCUGUGCGCCCGGGUCCGUGCCGAAGAUGCUGCCUCUCUGGAAGCACUUGUAAAGCCAGUCAGAGAAAAGGCCUUAGCUGCCACACAAGACUUCCUGCUCUCACACUCAAACCCAGUACCUCAGCCAGCAUCAUCACCUUCAAGUCAGCCAUCCAGCUGUGUAUACAGUAGUCACAAUUCUGAUGAAGAGCCAUUGUCUGACAGGCAAAUGCAGCUCUGUCUCCCAGAAAUCCCUGUGGAUCAGAGUGCAGCGGAGUCCUGGGACAACCUGGAGGAGGAUCUGAAGGAGCUUUGUGGUUUAGUGACAGAGUUCUCUCUGCUCGUUCAUUCCCAGCAGGAGAAGAUUGACAGCAUAGAGGACAACGUCAACACAGCCGCUGCCAAUGUGGAGGAGGGGACCAAGAGCCUGGGGAAGGCGGUGGGCUACAAGUUGGCGGUGUUGCCGGUUGCCGGGGCGCUGCUGGGCGGAGUGAUAGGAGGUCCUCUUGGCCUGCUGGCUGGGUUCAAAGCUGCAGGGGUGGCUGCCGCUCUAGGAGGGGGCGCCUUAGGGUUUGCAGGGGGGAAUCUGGUUCAGAAACACCGUAAAGCUCAAGUGGACCUGCACAUGAAACAACUGACAGCACCUCUGCCAGAAUCGCCAACGGAACCAGAGUCCAACAAAGACAAAUGACAUGAUUUCUGUGUCCAGUCCUCUGGUAUCAUCACUUAAUAACCACUGAGCAAUCAGAAGCACAUCCUGAUCACACGCCUUAAGGACAAUAUCAGAUGUUAUCAACUAGCACAGUUGUUAAACAGUAACAAGAGCCUUAUUUAAGAGUUUGAUUUUAAGACAUCAAUGGUGCUCCUCUAAGGACAUGAAACCACAAGUGAUUUAACUGUGAACAGAGUCGCAGUCAUUAACACUACAGCUUGUACUUUCAUAUGGUUGGUGCAAAUUUUCUCUAAAAUUAUCUGCAGUACCUUAUUAAUGUAAUCAGUUUAACAACUGAGACCAUUUCAUCAGAUGUUAUCACUAACAAAGAUGCGUUUUUGCCCCCACAUCUUAUUCUCCUGAUAACUCUUCAUGCCAGGGUUAAAGUUUAUUAAUAAUCAUGCCUCCGUGUUUCUUCAUGCAGUAUCCAAAUGUGAACAGCUGCUUUAGACUACUGUAUGAUUUUAUUUUUCUUAACAUCAGUGUAGUGUUAUAUUAACCUAAUAAUGUAAUGAAAAGGUUUCCUGCUUAGAUGUUUGAUUGUACUGUUUAUGGUUGUAUAAAGUAUGAGAGCAAAUAUUGCACAAAAAAGCACCAAAGUGCCACAGUCCAGACCUCUUGAAGGCCUGGAGUAAAAACCCGCCAUGUAUUGAUGUGACUGUUGCUGUUUUUUGCCAAUACUUUUUUCAGUAGUCUUAUCAGUCGUUUGAUAAAUAAAACCAAAAAUGCCACCAUGAAUACAAACAUCAGACAACACAAUAUCCUGUAAAAUGGUUUUUAAUUUACUUCAUUUUUUACCCUUCCUCCCCUCUGAGAUGAUCGGUUAAGAAAUGGCAUUACGCUUCCCCCCUCAUUUGCUCUUCUGUAUGUGGGCUGAUAUGUCACUAAGUUGGCAUCUGUUGGCCUCUAUGGACACACAGUACAAACUACGUAAUGAGUCCCCCACACUCUGAAUCUGGCUUCCUCUUAAGACUCAUCCGUUUUUGAUGGAUCUCAGGAAUUCAGACUUGUACCAAAAACCUCAGACAUAUAAAGAGAAAAAACCAGAUUUAAAGAACUGGUAUAAAGUGGCAUACUGUAUUGAUCACGAAGCCUCUUCCCCUUUGUCACUUGGCUUUUUAAAACCCUGGAACGGACAAAGUCUUUUCUACCUCUGUGUAAUGACACAUUUAUCAACAGGUUAACAGCAAAACAAAACAGCCAUUUCAUAAAGUCAUGAUCAUGUUUAAACACCAUUUCAAACCACUGUUUUCCUCUAUUUGAUUUGUGGAAUCACAACUCAGAGGUGUCAUGGCAACAAAGGGCCUUAAAAGGUAUUCACCCCACUUUGACUUUGAAUGUUUUACUGUUUUACAGAAGUCAACGAGGUCAUCAGCAUGUAAGACUGCCGUAAACAGGGAGAAAAGCCUAAUUUGUACACAAUAGUUUGGGAUACAGUUAAUAGAAUUCUUGAUUGCAUAAGUAUGAAUGUCCAAACAUAAGGCUUAUACUUAUUAGAGGCACCUUAAGUAGCAGAUGCAGGGCUACUUCUAUAAGUAUGCUUUGCACAUCUGAAAAAAAAAAAUCUGUUCAAUUCACUUUAGUCAAGUUAAGAACUUGUAAAAUCCUGACAAAAAUUCUGGAUGCCGGCCUUUUCAUUCCAGCUAUUUGCAUUGCUGUUCAUUUAAAUCACUGUAAGAUUUGAAUUCAUGUUUUGAGUCAUUCCAUUAACUAAGCAUACAAAAAUAUGUCUCUACUGAAAUGUUCCUGCAUUUAAUGCAGAAUUGUAACAUUCCAUGACCCCAGCCUGUCUAGGGCCUGUAGAGAGAAGCCUCCACAUGGGAUAAACUCCUGACUAGGUCUUUGCUUGUGUUGUACUUACUCUCAGAUGUCACUUUGGACAUGAGCUGAUAAAACCAGCAUGCUUGGUUACAUGAUGCAAAAUCGGUUCACAUUACAGUAUUUACAUUGGCCUUGAUUUACUGUAAAACAGUAACACAUAAAAAGAUCCAAGAGGGGUAAUUCUUUCUAUGAGCACUGUAAGAGACAUCAUUAUGACUAUUUAGUACCAUGGGGGAGGCUAAAGGUGCACCUCAAUAGGGUGGAGUAGCUUUCUCUCCAUAACUUCCAUCUCCUGAAAACUAAGUUGCGCCCCUCAGAGUUGAAAAAUAUUCUAUUCCUUCAGAGUGUGUGUGUGUGUGGAGAAGAUAUGGAGAUAAAGCUACUUCAGACUAGCAUAUUGUAUUAAUUUGUGCUAUACAAAUGAAUUAGAGUUGAUCAUAUUGAGAUGCAGCCAUGAGGUCAGUGAGACAAAACAAAAAAAAAACCUCCUACCAGAAAGGCUGGACUACC